GCGCGCUUGGGGGCCCAUGGGACGCGACAUUCCUUUCAGACUUCCUUGUGAGAAGUAGACCAAGCUACCGGCUGCCACGAUUUCUCGCUUCUUUCAUUGGUCAGUGGAGCCGUGUUUCCGUACAGUUUCUAAUUGGCUCCGGACGGGAUACAGACUAGAUGUCUUGUCCUUUUGCAUCCUUCUUCUCUCCCUACUUUUUUAUGCAAGCACAUGUAAAAAAUGCAAUAGCUGACUUCUGCUUAAAGCUUGCUACCCAACCUUCAGCACAAAUCGCGCCGAAAGACCAAUGAAAACGAUGAUAUGGCUGUUUCUCUUGUUAUGCCUAGGCUCUAUGGCACUUGCCUUUCAGGAACACUACGAUGCCCUCGCCUCGGGCGCCCUCGUUCUCGGCGUCAGUGCUGCAGCGCCCGAUGCAGAUGGGACAGGUGUCUUUCGGGACUUUAAGAAUCACGCCGAUGUUGUUGCCUCCAUCUUGCUCUACAGAGCCAAAGAAACUGAAUGGCGAUCCUGAGCAGAUGUUGGAUAAGAUUUUAGAAUGGUAUUACCAGGCCAUGAAAGGCUGUUAGGCUGUUGGCCGACAGGAAGGACAACAAUGUCAGGACAUUCGGGAGGCGUUUCGACAGCCGAUUCCUUCUACAAUCGAAGACCGAAAUUGGAGGCUAUGGAUUCUGAGCCUUAUGACGAAUCACAGGCCUGAGGGUUCGGACGAUAUUACGAUCGAGCUUGUGUAUGUUCAACUGACGAUCUCGAGGGCCGAGGAUACAGGAAUACAGGAGCAGCUGUAGUUGACUGGCAGGUGGCAUCGUUGACAAAGCUGCGGUACGGUGUUGUGGGAAGAUAUAUCAGUUUUUAUUCGGAUAAGAUCGACUCGUGGGAAGCUGGCUGCAGACGGGCGCCAUAAUCAGCGGCCAUUUCAGGCCCUGAAUGGCG